CGGCGGCGGCGGCGGCGGUAGCUGCGACUUAGACACUGGAAGGGCUUCCGGGGCUGCAGGCUUGACCGCUGAGAGCUGCUGUCAUGGCGGCUGCUCUAUGGGGCUUCACUUCCGUCCUGCUCCUGGUUCUGCUAUCCGGGGAUGCGCAGAGCUCGGAGGUGCCAGGAGCUGCUGCCGAGGGGUCUGGAGGGAGCGGAGUCGGCUUAGGAGAGCGCUUCAAGAUCGAAGGUCGUGCAGUUGUUCCGGGGGUGAAGCCCCAGGACUGGAUCUCAGCGGCCCGGGUACUCGUAGACGGAGAAGAGCACGUAGGCUUCCUUAAGACAGAUGGGAGUUUUGUGGUUCAUGAUAUACCUUCUGGAUCUUAUGUAGUGGAAGUUGUAUCUCCAGCUUACAGGUUUGAUCCUGUCCGAGUGGACAUCACUUCAAAAGGAAAAAUGAGAGCAAGAUAUGUGAAUUAUAUCAAGACAUCAGAAGUGGUCAGAUUGCCCUAUCCUCUCCAAAUGAAGUCUUUGGGUCCACCUUCUUACUUUAUUAAAAGGGAAUCAUGGGGCUGGACAGACUUUCUGAUGAACCCAAUGGUUAUGAUGAUGGUUCUCCCAUUAUUGAUCUUUGUGCUUUUGCCCAAAGUGGUCAACACAAGUGAUCCUGACAUGAGAAGGGAAAUGGAGCAAUCAAUGAAUAUGUUGAAUUCUAACCAUGAAUUGCCUGAUGUUUCUGAGUUCAUGACGAGACUCUUCUCUUCAAAAUCAUCUGGCAAGUCCGGCAGUGGCAGCAGUAAAACAAGCAAAAGUGGUUCUGGUAAAAGGAGGUAGUUGGGCAGUCCGGAGCUGGCAUUUGCACAGACACGGCAAUGCUGGGUAGCAUCCAAGUCUCGAGGGAAAACAGUGUGAAGCAACUACUGUAAGCUUGAGUCAACCUGAAAGUUGAUCUCCUAUAACUAUUGUAUAUGAUAAGUUUUUAGUACCUGUUUUGUACUUGGUACGCAAGAAAACCCAGUUUUCAUCCUUUAUCUGUAUGAGGUCAAUAUUGAUGUCACUGAAUUAAUUACAGUGUCCUAUAGAAAAUGACAUUAAUAAAUUAUAUGAAGUACUAUACAUUAUGUAUAUUAAAAUAAGUCUUAAUCCAGAGAUAAAAUCAUCUUCUGUCAUUUUUUCCUCUUACUAUUUCUUUUUCCUGAUAGUUUUCUUCUGUCUUUCAUUACUUGAGGUUUGAAAUUGACCUUUUCUGUUUAAAAAGAAAUGGUUGGUAUUCUUAAAUCAGCUUGCACCAUGAUUUUUUUGUGUAGCCAGAUCUUUCAAAAUUCUCAGCUCUGCCCCUGCAUUUAAAUUCCCUGAUAUUUUAGGUAGAUCAACAUGUUUCUGUGAAAGUUCUAAUCUUUAUUAGUACAGUUAGUUUCAGAGUAUGGCUAUAUGAAUCAAGAUAGAGGCUAUCAAAUUUUUUUAUUCUAGUUAUCAUCUAUGAUAUUAAUUUUUCAAACAAUUACUGAGUACUAGUUUUCCAAUCAGGAGUAUCUAAAAAAAUUUUUAUUUCAAUAAGUUACAAAAAUUUCCCACCUUUUCUGUUUGGGUUGUUUAAAAUAAAGAGAUACUCCAGUGUGGCCCGAGAACAGGCCAGUGUAUUGCUGCUAGUAGAGGGCUCCUAUCCUCUCAUUUUUAACUCCCCUAUUGCUUUCUUAAGGUUAUUACGUCAGCAAAAAAACAAAAAGAGAGUUGUUUCCAAACUCUGUUCUGCCUUUAGUAUAAGGUGCCAUUGCUUAUUUUGAAAUAAGGUACAUAAUGUUUCCUUUUACAGAAAUAAGUUUUGAGGGAGGACAUUUUAUUUACUGUAUCUCUGUAUUACACACUCUAAUGAAGCAAACUGGUUAAGCUAUAAUUGAUUAAGGUGGGUAAACUGGUUAAUGGUAGAACCAGGCUUUUAAAAAUAGUUUAUUGAAAACAACUAAAAUAUUAGAAGAGUAGUCGAAUGAAAAUUGUAAUUCAAAGGAGGCAGAAUAUAAUAAGAACCUAAGUUGUAUUACCAGAAAUCAUGUUUUAAUUUUUCCUAAUUUGGAUUGUCAAAGUUUACACAUGUAAUACCUAAUGACCAAGAAAUUAAAAAGCACCUCCAAGAAAAUCACCAUUUCACGUUCUAAUUAAGAAACCGAAUUAAUUUUAUAUAGAAUCUAACACUAUCUGAACAUAAUAUAUAUUCUUUAGUAUCAUAUUAUAGAAAUGUUAUUACAUCAAUUGUAUAUGAAAAUCUUAUCUUUUCAUAGAACCUUUAUCAAAUACUUAGGAUGCAUACAGGUGCAAAAAUGAUUGUAUGUUAUUGGCAACAUGAAGUUCAGUGGAAAGAACCCUUCUUUAGCUGCUAACUUGCUUUAUGACUUUGGGCAAGUCGCUUUCUCUCUGGACCAUGUCUUGUUUUGUUUGUUAUUGUAUCUCCAGCAUCAAGCAUAUAGGCACACAAUAAAUGUUUAUUGAACGAAUGAA